AUGAUGACAACAGAAGUGGCACUUGCAUUAGCUUUAUUAAUAGAUAUGCUUCACAAUGCCAUGUGUGUAAAUAGCGGCAGUGCAACAUGGAUGGAUGAUGAAGAAGCAAAUGAUUGUUCCACUGUUUUGUUUGGGGAGGUUAUGGGUGGAAAGAUGAAAAUCCAAUACAUAUGUAACACUGCUGAAAAAGCGUAG